GGGUGUCUCAGAGGGCUCAGAGCCUCAGCACUUUUGAGGAUAUGUGGGUCUAGAUAGGACAGUGAGACAAUACUUAGGGGUGUGUUAGUUGAGCAUAUGAUCCCAGCUCUUGGGAGGCAGGUGGGAGUAGGCAUGCCAGUUCACAGUUAACAAAGCAAGUAUGAAACCAGCCUGAGCUUCGGGAGACUUUUUUUCUCAGAAACACAGUGGACCAGCUAAAUGGCUCUGUGGGUGCAUUUGCCACCAAGUCUAAAGACCUGAGUCUGAUGUCAGGGUCCUCCAACCUAUAAAUGCAUAUAAAACAUUGCACACACCCCAAUAAAUGUAAUUUUAAAGAAAUUUUUUUUUCGGGGCUGGAGAGAUGGCUCAGCGGAUGAGAGCACUGUCUGUUCCUCCAGAGGUUCUGAGUUCAAUUCCCAGCAACCACAUGGUGGCUCACAACCAUGCUGGGAUCCGAUGCCUUCUUCUGGCCUGCAGGCAUACAUGCAGAUAGAACACUCACACAUAAAUAAAUUUUUAAAAUGAAAAAAAAAAAAAAAGUAUUUUUCAAGACAGGGUUUCUCUAGCCCUGGCUGUCAUGGAGCUCUAUCUGUAGACCAGGCUGGCAUUGGAUAUACAGAGAUCUGCUUCUGCCUCUGCCUCCCAAGCACUGGGAUUAAAGGCAUGUGCCACUGCUGCCCAGCAAAUAAGUGUAAUUUUAAAAACACAAAAUCAGGACAGUGUUUGCCUAGCAUGCAGGAAGCCUUGGGUUCCAAGCCCAGGAUCUUACAAACCUGAUGUGGUGGAACAGGCCUGAAAAUGCAGCACUCAAGGAGAUGGAAGCAAGAGGAUCCAGAGCUCAAGGCCAGCCUUGACUACAAAGAGGACUGAAGACCAGCUUGGGCUGCAUGAGACCCUGUGUCAAACACAAAAAUAGAACUGGUUGUCCAGUUAGAAUCUUCCUUUCUGGAUCACGAUGCCCAAAGGGGGAGAGGUGUACCGCGGGGUGUCCUUCGAAGAGGCUGAGCUCCCCUCUUCCCUCAGCCUAUCCUACCCAGCCCUUCCUCUAUCUCCAUUCUUUUCCCUUCCAGUCUCUUCCAGUCCUGCCCCGUCUCGUAGAGUUAUGCAAAUGACGGUUCUAUAGCUCCAGCGUGACGUGCUAACAAUUUCCCGCCCCACUGUGUUAUGCAAAUGAAGGCCCCAAGUGGCCCCGCCUGCCUGGUUCUGUAGACCCGCCCUUCUCGGGUUAUGCAAAUGAUGCCCUGUGCCCCCCGCCCCUCUGGGUUAUGCAAAUAAGGAGCUCUGUGGCUCCACCCCUGCCUUGGCCACGGAGUCUGCGCGCAGCGACAAGCCCGGCGGUCCAGACUUCAUCUCGUUGUCCGCCUGCCUGACCAGCCGUCUGUCUGACUGUUCUGCGGCACCGGGAUCAUCUAGACGGAGCGAGGGUUCAGGCGGCGGCGGCCUAGACAGGGUCUCAAUGGAGCCCUGGAUGCACAGUGCCUACCCUCAUCUGCCUGGGCCUCAGUUUCCACAUCCAUGCAAUGGAGAUGAGUGUUCUUGCCCUGCUGGCCUCCGGGAGCAUCUGUGAGUUGGUGCCGGGCGAGGUGGAUGCCAGUAGGAAGCCCUAGGGUGCUCUCACAGGCCCGGCCUUCACCAUGGCUGGAGGGAGGCCUCACCUGAAGCGGAGCCUCUCCAUCAUCCCCUGCUUCGUCUUCGUGGAGUCUGCGCUGCUGGGCAUCGUGGUCCUGCUUGCCUACCGCCUGGAGUUCACGGACACCUUCCCUGUGCACGCCCAGGGCUUCUUCUGCCACGACAGCGCUUAUGCCAAGCCGUACCCCGGGCCCGAGGCUGCCAGCCGCGCGCCCCCUGCCCUCGUCUACGCCCUGGUCACUGCUGGGCCCACCCUUACGAUCCUGCUGGGGGAGCUGGCACGUGCCUUCUUCCCUGCCCCGCCGUCCAGCCGUCCUGUCAGCGGGGAGAGCACCAUUGUGUCGGGGGCCUGCUGCCGCUUCAGCCCCCCACUGCGGAGGCUGGUCCGUUUCCUGGGCGUGUACUCUUUUGGCCUCUUCACCACGACCAUCUUUGCAAAUGCGGGACAGGUGGUGACCGGUAACCCCACACCUCACUUCCUGUCGGUGUGUCGCCCCAACUACACGGCCCUGGGCUGCCCACCACCGUCCCCCGACCGACCAGGGCCUGACCGCUUCGUCACGGACCAGAGCGCCUGUGCAGGCAGCCCCAGCUUGGUGGCCGCCGCCCGUCGCGCCUUCCCCUGCAAGGACGCGGCCCUGUGCGCCUACGCGGUCACCUACACUGCGAUGUACGUGACCCUCGUGUUCCGCGUGAAGGGCUCCCGCCUGGUGAAACCCUCCCUUUGCCUGGCCCUGCUGUGCCCCGCCUUCCUGGUGGGCGUGGUCCGCGUGGCCGAGUACCGCAACCACUGGUCGGACGUGCUGGCUGGCUUUCUCACGGGAGCGGCCAUCGCCACCUUUCUGGUGAGUCCCCUCCCACCCGCCUCUGUGUGUAAGACCUCUCAGCAGGCCCCUGACCAAGGAGCGAGGCCGAAGGGUGUAGAUGCCGUGUGGCCCGAGGAGAGCCGGUGUCCUCUCCUCUGA